AUGCUUUUGUGCGGCCAGAUCGACCCCUCGGCCAUCGUGCGGCCCGCCAUCCCGAGCUCGGCCCCGAAGAAGCGACGCGCGCUGGCGUCCGCGCUGGUGGCGACCUGCCUCUGCGCGCUUGGCCGGUGCCGCCUGGCCGCGCCCUGGCGGGCCCUGCGCUCUGGGCCGGCCGCGGGCGCCCGGCGGCCUGCGGCGUUCCUGGAGGAAUUCGAGGUCCGGGCCAUACCCAUCACCGACAAGCCGCAGAGCGACCCUCGCGUCUACCAGUACGCGGUGUUGGAGAACGGCCUGAAAGUGCUGAACGUGCUGGACUCCAAAGCGCUUCAGGUAGCGUUCGCGGGGUCCGUGCGCGCGGGGCUGUAUGACGACCCGGUUGAGUUGCCGGGGCUUGCCCAUUUCUGCGAGCACAUGCUGUUCCUCGGCACGAAGAAGUACCCCGAGCCGAGCGGCUUCGACCGCUUCAUGUCGACCCACGGCGGCUUCAACAACGCCUACACCGACUCGGAGGUGACGGUGUAUUUCGGGGAGGUCUCGCGGUCGGCGGAGCGCGAGGCGCUGGACCGGUUCGCGGGCUUCUUCACGGAUCCACUGUUCAGCAAGAAGUUCGUUGAGAAGGAGGUCCACGCCAUCGACAGCGAGCACCACAAGAACGUGCAGGAGGCGUCCUCGCGCAUCUGGGAGACGAUGCGGUCGCUGGCGAACCCGGACAGCCCAGUAUCUCGCUUCCACACGGGAGACCUGGAGACGCUGUUCGAGAUUCCGAAAAAGAAUGGUACCAACCCCGUGGACGCGCUGAAGGUGUAUUACAAGGACUUCUACUGCCCCUCCAAGAUGAGCGUCGUCACCAUCAGCGCCACCCCGCUGGAGGAGCAGCUGGCGACGGCGGCGGAACUCUUCGGGCGCAUCCCCGCGGGCUCGGAGCGGUGCCAGGAGCCGGUGAGGAACUUCUCGGACCCGGCGCCCUUCGGCCCGGAGCAGCUCGGCCAGUGGCAGGUGAUACAGGGCACGACGCCGGAGGCGCAGAUCUGGCUGAGCUUCCCCCUGCCCGACGUCACUACGGAGUUUCUGAGCCACCCACUGCGGUACAUUCUUUACGUGAUCGAAUACACGGGCACCGAUUCCAUGGCGAGGGUCCUACAGGACGACCUCGGGCUCGUCAACGGCGUCAGCGUCAGCUCAGACAUGACCUCGGCUGGGACACUGGUGUUCAUCAUCUUCUCACUGACCGAUCGAGGUGUUCGUAACCAGCAGCUCGUCUUGGACGUGCUCUUCGCAUACCUGGCUACGCUUCGGCUCGACGGUGUCAACUCGGAGCUAUACCAGACCAUCGCGGACGUGAAUAACCUCUCGUGGAAUUGGACCGAGGCACAUGACCCUUCAGACGCCGCCUCAGACCUGGUGGAGAAGAUGACGCGGCUGCCCAUGGACAAGGUCCUGUCCGGAGACGACCGCAUCGACAAGUUGGACCCGUACCUCGCCUUCAGCCUCUUGACGAUGCUGGUGCCGAGCAACAUGAACGGGGCGUACGUGGACCCUGCCGCUGACCUGAACGGCACGGCCGCGGUGCACGGCCACGCGGUGCAGUCCCUGCCGCACUUCGGUGUGAGGUACUACGUGCAGGAGAUCGCGGAGGCCUUCCCGGAGGAGGCGGCCGCCCGCUGGGAGGCUUGGUUCGGCAGCAGGGCCGACCGCGACGGCAUCGAGCGGCAGCUUGCCGAGAGGAUCGCCUCGGCCAACCUCACCUCGAAGCGGGUGCCCUUCCCUCAGGCGCCUCGGCCUAUACAGGACGUCCCCCGCGACAUCUCCCUGGAGCACAUGGAGGCGCUGCCCGGCGACCUGGCCAAGGACGGCCUGGAGGCCUCACUCUUCGGGCAGCCGCCCGCGAAGCUGCGCGGGGGCGCCAGCGCCGCCGCGGCGGCGGCGGAUGGGCGCGCCCUGGAGCCGAGCGGUUCGAACAUAUGGUACCGCAGCGGCUGGGUCACCAUCUCCCCCAAGGUGGAGGUCUACGUGCGACUGGAGAUCCUCCGGCGCGAGGACGAGCCUGAGCUCUCGGCGCUGGACACGCUGCGGCUGGACAUCUUCAGUCAGUUGCUCCAGGAGCAGAUGGGCCCCAAGAUGGUCGACCUCACGGCCACAGGCGUGUCCUACGGCAUCAGCGCCUCCGCUGGGGGGCUCGCGUUCAGUUUCGGCGGCUUCGCGCCCAUGCUCCCACGGCUCGUGGGCAAGGUGCUCGAGGAGUUCAACAGUUUCAACGCGAACGCGAGCAUCACGGAGCCCUGCAGGUUCGAGCGCGUGGUGAACCUCUUCCGCCAGUCUCUCACCACCUACAACGACAUGCCCAUCAGCUACGCGGUUGAGGCCAGGAGCCUGCUCCUGUCUCGCGGGGAGUACUCCAGGAACGAGACGCUGGCGGUGCUGGGCUCCGCGGACCUCGCCUCCUCGGCCAGGUCCGUGGGGGAGCUGCUGCUCUCCCGGCCCCUGCAGCUCACGGCGCUCGCCAUGGGCAACUUCGCGGAGGAGGACGCCCGCUGGGUGGUGGACGAGAUGUCCAGGGGGAUCGAGAUACCUGACUGGAUCAAGCUGUCCACCGGGAAGGGCAAGGUGGAGGAGGUCAUGCCUGUCAUAAGCCCCAAGGAUCCCGUGGAGUUGCGACUGCGGAACCCCCGGCUCGGGGACCCCAACGACGUGGCGAUCGUUACCAUCGUGUACGGCGUGUCGACCGUCGAGUCGCGCGUCGCGUUGGCGCACCCGUGCAUCGGGAUGUUGCUGCACCCGCUGGCCUACGAGGAGCUGCGGACCGUGAGGCAGCUUGGCUACGUCGUCAGCGCCGAGGCCUCGCGCAUCUCCAACGUGCAGUACAUCUCCGCCUCGGUGCAGGGGACCAAGCUCCGUGCGGACGACCAGGAGGCUGCCAUUGAGCUCCUCUUCAACGACCUGAUGCCGAAGCGGCUGGCGAACCUCUCGGACGAGGAACUCGCCAGCAUCCGCGACGCUUUCAGGGAGGAGCUGCUGCAGCCGCCCGAGUCGUUCGGCGAGGAGGUGGCCCACUUCCGGGGCCCGGUCCUGAUGGGCGGCAGGUGUUUCAGCCUCUACAGCGCCUGUCACGAGUACCUGAACUCCUCCGCUGUGACCAGGGAUCUGCUAGUGAGCACGUGGAGGGACCUCGUGAACCCGUGGGAGGAGGGGACGCGCAAAAAGAUCGUGACCAAGCUCUUCGCCGGGGAGGUGCCGGCGCGGCCGACGGAGGACGAGGCCACCGCGGCCUGGAAGCGGCAGGGCGUCCCGGACGCCGCUGUGCCCAUGCUGCUGCGCGAGCUCAAAGCGGCGCAGGUGCUGGACACAGUCGACUCCCAGGCACGGGCGCGCCUGGCCAAGCGCGACGGCCACUUCCCGACUGACCUCAACUGCGAACUCGCGGACCGGCCGAAGAAGGCCUGA